UCUCUCUCCUCCCUCAGUAACCCACUACCAUCACCAAUAACACACUCACACACACCUCUUCAACCCCUUUGUGUGUUUAUGUGUGCAUGCUGAGAGACCCGGUGACGGAUGCUGAGCUUAUAAAGCUUCUUUCUUUUUUUUCAUUGUUUUAUUAUUUUAAAUAUACACAUACUAUAUAACAUGGAUACAAUUUAUUCAGCAGCAGCAGCUUCUGCUGGAUGUGGAAGCCUCCAGGUGAGAAUAAGGCGGACCGGGUGAGCGCGUGAGUCUCGCCUCUCCACAAGCCAGGAUCCGGAUUGCAAGAGGAGCCUGUUACCAGGAGCAAGUGCGGCAAAACUGGGACUUUUCCACCAUCAGCAUCCCUCCUCUCUUCUCCUCGCCUCAUCCCUGCUCCUCCUGUGGCCACGCCGCCUCCCCUCUUCCUUCCUUCCUUCCCUCCCUCCCUCCCUCCCUCACUCCCUUCUGUCCUUCUCCUUCUUCCGCGGUCCCAGAAUAGCCUCGCACCCCUUCUCCCCGGGGAUAAGCGCUGGAGUGUUUGGAAUUUCGGGGUGACUCGAGGGAAGCUGGAGGAUGGAUUAGCAGCGGCGGCGCCACGGCGAAACUGGAGCAGCACGCGCGACCACGCCGGGGGGGAAGGGGGCGACGGGACUCGGUGAAUUCGCGGAGCCCCCGGGACAGAGGUUGCGACUGGUCCCACCCCAAGAUGACAUCUCCCAAAACCAAAGCCAAGAAGAAACCACCCAAAGACAGCAUGACUCUGCUGCCAUGUUUUUAUUUUGUGGAGCUCCCCAUUGUCCUGUCCUCCUUGGUGUCUCUGUACUUCCUGGAGUUGACAGAUGUCCUUUCCCCUGCGAUGGUGGGCUUCCGUUGCUACGACCGCGACCUCUCCAUGCCUUACGUAGAGACUGGAGAUGAGCUCAUCCCCCUGCUGAUGCUGCUGAGUUUGGCGUUCGCCGGCCCAGCCGCUUCCAUCAUGUUGGGGGAGGCGGUGAUGUACUGCAUGCAGUCCAAACUGAAGACCUGCCCCAAAUCGGAGGGCAGCAUAAACGCCGGAGGCUGCAGCUUCAACUCGUUCCUGCGCAGGACCGUGCGCUUCGUUGGUGUUCAUGUGUUUGGUCUCCUGGCAACAGCCCUGGUGACAGAUGUCAUCCAGUUGGCUACGGGCUACCACGCCCCUUUCUUCCUCACCGUGUGCCAGCCCAAUUACACGGCUCCGGGGGUGUCAUGUGACAACAACGCCUACAUCACGCAAGAUAUCUGCAUGGGGAAAGACCAAUAUGCAAUCAUGUCAGCAAGGAAAACCUUUCCAUCCCAGCAUGCUACGCUGUCUGGCUUCGCAGCUGUAUAUAUCUCUAUGUACUUCAAUACCAGCAUCAAUACCACAACUAAGCUGCUGAAGCCCCUGCUGGUGUUCGCCUUCUGCAUGGCUGCGGGCCUCGCUGGCCUGACUCAGAUAACGCAGCACCGCAGUCACCCGAUAGACGUCUACGUGGGGUACCUCAUAGGAGCUGGCAUCGGAGUCUAUCUGGCUGUGUACGCUGUGGGGAAUUUUAAAGCAUCAGAGGAAGAUUCUCCCUCUUUGCAGCGGCUGACGUCGGUUCACCACAAGGACGGGCUUAGGGUGUUGACCCAGCGGAGCCACGAUUCCCUGUACAGGAAGACUCCCAGGGUGUCAGAGAGCAGGGAGGAGCUGGGGGCCGGGUUGGGGUCCGGAGCCCGCAGUAAGGUGAGGAGGGACAAGGCGUCCCUGGCCUCGCUGAAACGAGCCAGCGCCGACGUGGAGCUCCUGGCGACGCGCGGCCCCAUGGGCAAGGAAACCAUGGUAACCUUCAGCAACACCUUACCCAGAGUCGCAAAUGGCAGCAGCCCCAUCUCCCCCUCCGACGAGCCAGUCGUCACGCAGCGCCACAUGACCUUCCACGUGCCCUUCGAUCCCCAGAGGUCCCGGCAGCUGGUGUCCGAGUGGAAGCAGCGCUCACUGGAGCUCCGCAGUCAGAGCUCGAGAGACGAAGAUGAGGGGGAGGACGAGAGGGAGAGAGGAGGCGGCGGAGGGGCGGCUGCAGGGGAAGGAGAGAGCAAGGGCAUGCCUUCGUCUCUAUACCCGACGGUGCAGGCCAGCAACGUUACCGCCACGCCGGCGACGGCAAGGAUGGCCGUGGCACCGCCGCUGGUUCACAUCCCCGAAGAGGCCACGCGGCCUCCACCCGUUUCCCCCAAGAGUGCCAAAACGAGAGCCAAGUGGUUGUCGCUCACUGAGGGAGGAAGUGUGAAAGAGCCUGGAUCCGGACCCAUCGCGGUGUCGACUCCCAGGGUUCCCAAUACGCAGCCCAGCCAGCCUCCCAGCCAGCAAAGAGUCACUCAGGUCAUAGCUAUGUCGAAGCAGCAGGGUCACGGAGGAACCACUUCGUCAGCCAAGACAUCAGAAGGGGGUUCCUCCUCGGGGGGUGGCUCCAACUGCUCCGAAUCACCGUACUACCGCAUCCCGUCCGAUAGAGACAGCUGCACCGGCAGCAACCCGGGGAGUGUCGCCGGCAGCGGGAGCAUUGUGACCAUCGACGCUCACGCCCCCCACCACCCGGUGGUGCGCGUCUCAGCCAGCAACGGCAAGCAGUGGGAGUGGAGGAACACCAUCAGCGGCAACAUGAUGAGUGCCGACACGUCGGGCGACAAGCACCGCAUGGCUCUGCAGCGGCAGGACAACGUCUGCCACUACAGGGACUACCGGACGCUGCCGGGAAAAACAGACUCACUCGGCUCUUCCACGACCAGCGGGAGUGUAGAGGUGGGGGUGGGGCUGGGAGUGGAGAUGCCCCCACCACCCCUUCCCACGGCCUCCUCGCCUCUGCCUCCUCCACCUCAGUUGUCUUCUUCCCCUCUUCCACCACCUCCAUCCCCUUCCCCGCUGCCCCCGCCUCCACACUCAGGCCCUACUCCCAUGCCUCCACCUCCUCCUCAUUCUAGCUCCCCUCACAUGCCCCCACCCCCUCACCCUUCUUCCUCACAAAUGCAUCCUCACCUUUUAUCCAACCAGAUGCCUCCUCCACCUCCUCACCCAUCUUCCUCUCCGCUACCUCCUCCUCCUCUGCCCUCCUCGUCCAUGCCUCUUCCCCCACACCCUUCCCACUCCGCCAUGCUUCCCCCUCCGCCCCACCCUGACCUGCUGAUGGAUGGCCACGGCCAGGCCCUAUCCCGCUCCUCCACCCUGCCCCGCCGGCCCUCCGUGUCGUCCCGGAGCCACGCCGAGCAGGAGCACUACUACAAGGCCAUGCAGAAUGAGAGGAUGUUAUAGUUGAGGAGCCGCGGGGAAGGCAACAGACAUCGUCUCAACAUUAGAGAUUGUACUUGAAAUGACAGAACUGAAGGAGGCAUUACAAGAAACCAGGCUGCAACAGGUCAGCAGAGAUUUCCGACUUCUGAAAAACAACAAAAAGGUUUGGAGCCACAGACGGCGCCAGGGACUGUAAGGAGGUCUUAAAAAAAAACUCAGCAGGAUGCCUGUUUUUCCUCGUCUCUCUCGUUUAUCCUGCCACAGCACCAGCCGAGGAAAGAGAGAAUGAAGGAAAACAAGACGGAGAGGCAAAAAAAAAAACGAAGUGAAGCUUGCUUGUGCUUUUGCCUCCGGUUUUGUUAGCAUCUCUGGAGUUUCUUUAAGGACGGGUUCAAAAGAAGGAGCUGAGAAAGAGAUAUCACAAUGGAUGGUGUGGGAUUUGCUAAAUCAAGUUCCCCUAGGGAGGAGGCUGAGAAAACAACUACAGGCAAUGCAUGCUCAUCUGAAACCAGAGCAGCCAUUUGAGGUUUUCCUGUGAUCUCUUUUUAUCCAGCUGAAACACUCUUGUUCCAAUGCACCGUACAGCAGAGAAUAUGGCCAAUUCAGCAAAUUUAAUCACAGGUUUAGGAGUAUUAACUGCAGCUCACAAAGGCUGGAAAGUGAGGGCAUUGUCUUUUCUAUGCCAAGCAGGUGUAUCGGCAUGCACCAGAGAUGCUCGACUGAGGAAGGAGAGGUGAGUAUAAAUAGGAUCAUACACCACUGGGCAACCUCCUAUAUGGACGUCACUGAAUGGAUUAUGGCUGUGCACAUUAGAGGCAGUGGAAUGGAAAGAGAAUCGCUUCUAAAAUGAAAAGUUCAGCAGGAGCACUCGGCACAAAGCGCGGGCUCAUGGUGGGACUUUUCAGCGAGCGAAAUCCACCAUGGACUGAAGAUCAAAUCCAAAACAGGGAACGUAGAUGAGUGUUUUGUUUAUGGACCAAUGCCAGCUACGCUUCUCAACCGCGUCCCCCAUCGAAGUGUAAAAGUCGCUCCAGCCGGCGAAGCUAACCUUCCUAUCCAGCACAUCUGAAGCAGAUGGAGGGUCGCAUCGCGCAGGUUUCACAGAUCAACACGGACACACUAUUCAAAACAAUUCCUGAGUUAUCUGUUUGUAAAAUAUGUUUUUAGAUAUUGUCCAGGAGAGCUCUUCAGGAAUCCUCAAAAGUGUUCAUUUCUAACUUUAUCAAAACUGGACUGUUGAAACUAUCAUUCACCAUUUGUGAGCUCUGAGUGAUUGCCACUCUUGUUAGCCUUUUAGUUAUUGCACCAUCAUUUCUCUUUUUUGUUUUUUGUUUUUGUUGUUUUUUGUUUUUUUACCAAAACCAGGUCUUAAUUCAGGUGAGAUUGCUCUUUGGGAGCCUUAAAAAAUUUAAAAUGAAUUCUCUUAAUUUUCUUCAGGGGAAUCAAACUCAUUUCCAUUUUGGGCCAUAGAAAGAGUAUGAAUGAAUCAUCCUCGAAGAACCAAUUGUGGCCAAAUAUAUUGAUAACAACCCCAUAAACAAACAGCUAAAAUAUUUUAUGAGAUACUGAAUAUCCUUUAGCAUUUCUAGUAUUGGGUUUAUACAGUUAAAAACUACUUUGAAAUUAUAUUUAGGCACAUAACUGUAAACUUGAAGAUGCUAUUUCUGUGGCCCUCUAAGAUCUAGUUUCAUCUAAGUCUGACAUACAAUCUGUUGUGGACUAGAUUUGGCCUAUUAUCUAUACAUUAUCUCUGAGCUUUUGAAGACUUUGAUCACUGGUUCAUGUCAAUGAGGGAUUCAGAACAAAACGUUGAAAUAAUCACGUUGUAUUUUUUAUUUUUUUUGCAGUCAGUCUUCCAUCACCAACUUUAUUCCGUUGAUCAUUUUCUUUAGAAAUAAUCUUUUCUGAUAAAUGCAGGCUCCUAUUUUAAACCAGAUGUAUAACCUUUAUUUUAAAGCAAGAAUUAGCCAUUUUUGUUAUUGAUGAUUGGAGCCCAUUGAGAAUUUGAAUCCUGCUUUUAUGGAAAUCUAACAUUUCAAAGACGAAGAGCCUUAAUUGGAGAAAGGUCUUUUAGCUAUGCUAUGAAAAUUUUUUUGUUUUUUUUAUCCUUCUGUCACAGGUACUCUGUGUAUAUUUGGUUACCAUUGUGAUUUCCCACAUUUUGUGGGUAUCAGCAUGUGACUUUCUUGCUUAGAGCCAAGUAAAAUGAUACAUGACAGAAACGUCUAAUCGAAUGGCUGCUGGUUUAGCCCCCUAGGUAGCUAUAGGGAAGGAUUUGAAACCACACAAAGCAGCAGGGUCUAAUGCUCAAUUUUCAUAUUUGUACUUUUGUUGAAGCUAUGCCGAUGUAAACAUGCCUUCAAUACGAGACGCAACGAGACAAAUCUCUCUCAAAUAACGUUAGUCGAUGAACGAAAUCCUGUGAGCUCUUGGGGGAUUUGGCAGGAAACUGCCAAAUUCCUCCAAUGGCAGACUCGCUGUCUGAAAGCGGACACAUUUUCAUGCACAGCUGCAGAAAAGGGCACGUGUCGGUUGAGGUCUGCGGUUGUAAGGCUGGAUUAAAAGGAAUAUUUCAAUUGAAAUUUCUGAGCUUGUUUGGCACCGAAAGAAAUUAAAGAUGUGAGAGAGAUCUCUUUCUCUAAGCGUUAUCUGAUUAAAAUGAGAAAUUUGUGUAAAACGUACUAUUACGUUGACUUGUUUAUCCUGAAGUUAAAUUAUGACGCUAAGUGGAAUAAUUGCUGCUUGUACUGCUGAGAUUGAUGGGUAAAAUAGCAGAACUAAAAUAACAAAUUAACAGAUAUUUCCUGAAAAUAUUUCAAAUGUAUUAAUUUAGCCGCUUCUCAAAUAUUAAGCAACAUGAUCACUAUGUUAAACCUUCAAAGCCCCAAAAUAUUAAUAUUUUCAACAACAAAAAAUUGAAAGCUCUAAACAAAAUUCAAGGUAUUGCUAAAGGUUUAGCUUGACAAUACUUUUUUUUUUUUUGUUUGCCAUUAAAAAUAUCAUUUUUUGUGUUCCUGGCAACCCUUUAGUUUUGGCCUUAAGGUCCUGUAAUACACUUAAUUACAAGACAAAAAGGUAAAUACUAGUACCAACUAACAUAAGAAAUUAUCUAAUUAUGUUGCUGCAGGGCAAGAAAAUUAACAUUUAAAGGUUUUUUUAUUAUCAUUAAUUCUAAUGAUUAAGAAUUUCCGUAAUUUAUUUAGUUAGUUGCACAAUAAACAGUCUAAAUGAAUGGACCCUUGUUAAAGAUGUGUUGCAAGGCAGUAGCAGAAUCUCGCACUGAAAAUUGAAGUAAUAACUCCAAAGUCACACUUGCACGUACGUUGGUGACCAUUCCUAACACCAUUUCCAUGUUUAAUGAAGCUAAUCUUGCUCUCAUCAAACCAAAGAAGAGUCAGGUCCCAGUUAAAGGGUUAAAAUUUAGUAGGUGAUGUGUCACAUCAUGUUCAUUGAAACAGAAAGUCGUGGCUUUUUAAUAAAAAAUUCCUAGAAAGUCUGAAUAAAAAACAUCAAUAGUCAUUUUAUAGGCGUUAUUUGGGUUCUAAUAACCAUGUUACUCAUGAUUUUGCCCCCCACCCCACUGAACAAUUGUAUUCAUAUAAAAAUUUGACGUCUCAACUUUUUGCUGUGAGAUUAUUCUACUGCAAUAAAAUAUUUAUUUAUCUUAAGGCAUAUCUUUAACACAGAGUGCCAGUAAGUAUGACAAAUGUCCUCCGCCAAUAAGAAAAGGAAGAUUUGCACAACCUCUUGGUGCUCCUUGUAAACUCUUCCUACACACCUUUUUGUCAGUUUAUGGCUUGUACAAAGCUUUUCCUUUAUUUUCAGACCGAAGAUAUCUCAUUUAAUCACAUGUGGUUCAUUUUGGCAACUAAUUUGAUUGUACUUUUUCGAAACACAGACUCGACGACGGGUGGCAUCGCUGUCCACCUGCUCACCCCAAAAAACCCCAGAGGUAAAUAGACUGGUUUUGUAAAGUCGGCCUAGGAAGAGGUUCUGUUAAAUGGAACAAGUUGUGUGUGUGUAUGUUUUUUUAGAGGUGCUUCUCAAAUGAGAAGCUGGUAGUUUAGUUGCCUGUCACUUUGUGCUGCAUGUGUGUAAGAGUGUGUGUAUUUUAUUUUAUUUUUUUACGUUAGUACUUAAACCUUUUUGAAAGAUUAAUCCUCUGGUGAAUGUGCUACAACUUUGAGCCCAGUUUGACUGUAAGAUAUUUGAAAUUACUUAAUAUUAUUAAUACUGUUAUUAUUUAAAAGUCCUCUUUUAUGGGCUAAUGUUUUCUAUCUGUAGUGAUGUGUGACAUUGAUAAGUUUGUUGAAUAAAAAAAAUCAUGUCUGCUUAA